GAGACGAAGACUGGAUAAGAAAAACAACAUCAAAGUGUCCACGCCCCGACGCCAUCGUCCACCGAAUUCUCACGCGCUCGGCCCCCGACAGCUCCGCCCUUGACCGGUAUAAAACAGAGCGAAGACGAAGGGAGAUCUGACACUACACUGGUGUAAGACAUGGUGCACAACAUGCUAGUGGCUUUAUUUAUCCUAAUCACUCCUACCGCAUCCCUACCACGGCUUAGGGACCCAUUCGAUGUGCCGGAAGCGUCGCACUCAAAACCACUUCCAAAUGACCAUAUCAACCCAUUCUUCACUUUCAAUGAAGAUGAAAUCCCAAGAAUGGCGCCUGUAGAUCUCGACGAGGAAGUCGAAAUUGCCCCAAAGAAGAAGGUCGAGAAACUCCCAAUGCAGAAAAUCCCCAAGCACCAUGUCUUUAAUGAGGAUCGACCUAUUCCCGAUGUAAUGCCUGCACUACCAAUUCCAAAAAGUGCAGAAUUUCUCGAGCCUCAGCCUGGUGUUGCGCCGAAGUUCACGGGUUCGGUCGAAAAGGAGCCCUCUAGUACAUCUGGAGAUUUCGAUUAUUUCAACUUUGGCGAAGGUGAAGGUCCCGUAACCAACCCAGCAGCCACAUAUCUUGCCGGAGGAGAUUUUGAGAAGGUUUCUGCUCCUAAAUGCACAAUGCUCGGCUGCACUGGACCUUUGCCAAAUGACGGCAGCUUCUCUAUCGACCCCCUAAAAUCUAAGGGGAAAUCUUGUCAUCAAACAUUUGUUCCAAUGAAUGGAUGCACGAAUAACAAAGGCUACCCGAUGGGUAUGCUGUGUUCGAUCUGCUGCGACUGUACUGCCAGUUUCAUCAGAGAAAUGAAGAAAACCCAUGGCUACAAAAUUAACUACCCUGCCUAAUCUACUACCCUGCCCAAUCUAUCAUAUUCUACCGUAUUCCGAAUUAGUGAACAAAUCUCUCAACACUGCUUUGCAAUCAAUUUGUUUUCAAUUCUAUCUCAUCUAGGCGGGUUUACUGUAUAUACACUGCUUGCUUUUCGCUACUGAUAUCGCAUCUCGCCCAUCCAUUCAUGUAUAUAGGUGUUUAUAACCUAUUAUUUGCAUGUGUUCAUGCUUUUUGCUUUGAUCGCAUUGCUGUACAUAUUGCACAUUGUUCAC